AUGUACUUCGACUAUGUGGGGGUUCUAUCAAAUGUCGGGCGGAUUUGUCGAAAGCGAAAAGUGCAAGAGAAUGCUUCUGAGGUGACUGAGUACCGCUGGAUCAAGAUGAUCGACAGCAGCUCGUCUCACGAACUGGUUAUCAAGCUAGAAGAGUGCUCGCAGCCCGCAGUGUUUCGAGCACUCGAGGCAGGCAACACCCUGAUGGUCACCAAGCUCCAGUGGGUCAUUCGUCCGGGUGCUCAAGCGAUUCAAUAUGCAACAACAAGUACAUUCUCAGUGCUACGGAUGAACGAAGCGGUGAGCCCAUUCCACUCGCUUGAAGAGUGCAAUUUGAAUGUCUACUUUGCCAACGACGUCAGAAAGAAUGCAGUUGUCGCCUCACGCAAAGGUCUUGGAGAGAGCAAGUUGACUGCCCACAUUGAGAAGAAGUAUCGUCCUCGGAAUCGCCUUCCCACGAGCGUUGAAGACUUUAAGGAAGCUUUCGAGUUGGACGUGUGCUCGUUCAGCGAUCUGUCGUUGCUGCUGCAGCGAUUGGAGGCCUUCGAACACCAACACGUUGGCUUCAUUGGCCACGUGAGGGCAAUAAGCCAUGGGGACGAUCCGGCAACAGACGGACCGUCGGUACUGCUGCAGCUCAACGAGACCACUAAUUGCGACCAACUUCUGACUGUGGCGGUCAGUAUCAAUGCCCUGUUCCAGAGACCAGCAGUCAAAGGAAACGUCAAGACAGUGACCCCACCUGAAGCACUUCCUUUGAUACGUCUCCUGCCGCCUCAAGUUCACGACUUUUUCUUCUCGCUUCAACUCUAUUGUGACGGAAUUGGCCACGUUACCUGGGAAGUCGAUGCGAUUCUUGCGAUGCCGUAG